CCGCGGAUAUAUAAUUGCGCGCUUAUUCGUAUCUCGAUACUGUUCUUUCUUCUUCCCCGGAUCUCGUGUGCAUUUCUACCCUUCGAAAUCUGUAUCCGCGAUACCUGUCGGAUCUGAUGUGAGCGGAUGAACGCCGGCUUUUUGAAUCAGCCCCGCAGCUUGAAUUCCGCUAACUUCGUCUGUGUUAGAUCAUAUGGCAAUCCAAUUCCGAUUGCAUCAUUAAUAGAGAUCUGAGAUCUAGUUUGGCUUUAUAUCCUCUUUAAGCGGAGAUGUCGGAGAUGUUGAAAAACGGAGUGAUAGAAUGCAGUUUUUGUCAUUCCAAAAUGCUCUCCCCAAACAGUAGAGCUAUCUCAAAGGCAUAUGAUAGGCAUCAUAGCAACUUAUCGUCAAAGUUCCGUGCUCUCAACUUUCUUUUAGUUAUUGGGGACUGCUUUUUGGUUGGCCUUCAGCCAGUUCUGGUUUAUAUGUCCAAAGUGGAUGGCAAGUUCAAAUUCAGUCCAGUUAGUGUAAACUUUUUGACAGAGUUGACAAAAGUCCUUUUUGCUAUUGUCAUGCUCUUGUUCCAGGCGAGGCGCCAGAAAGUUGGAGAGAAACCCCUUCUUUCAGUUUCUUCUUUUGUGUUGGCUGCUCGCAAUAAUGUUCUGUUGGCUGUCCCUGCCCUUUUAUAUGCCAUUAACAACUAUCUAAAGUUUAUUAUGCAGCUUUACUUCAAUCCUGCAACCGUGAAAAUGCUGAGCAACCUUAAGGUUUUGGUGAUUGCGGUGCUUUUAAAGAUGAUUAUGAGAAGACGUUUUUCAAUAAUUCAGUGGGAAGCUCUUGCACUCUUGCUUAUUGGGAUCAGCAUAAAUCAACUCCGGUCACUGCCUGAGGGUACUACAACACUUGGUCUUCCUGUUGCAACGGGUGCUUAUGUCUAUACAAUGAUUUUUGUAACUGUUCCCUCGGUGGCCUCUGUUUUCAACGAGUAUGCGAUGAAAAGCCAAUUUGAGACUAGUAUCUAUCUCCAGAACCUAUUUUUAUAUGGAUAUGGUGCUUUAUUCAACUUUCUCGGUAUCAUUGGGACUGUGGUUGUGAAAGGUCCAAGUAAUCUGGAUAUCCUUCAAGGUCAUUCAAAAGCAACAAUGUUUCUGAUACUUAACAAUGCAGCUCAAGGCAUACUGUCAUCAUUCUUUUUUAAGUACGCAGACACAAUCUUGAAAAAAUACUCGUCAACAGUUGCGACAAUUUUUACGGGCAUAGCAUCAGCUGCAUUGUUCGGUCAUACCCUAACUAUAAAUUUUAUGCUUGGAAUUUCUGUGGUGGCUAUAUCGAUGCACCAGUUCUUUUCUUCAGUAGCAAAAGUCAAGGAUGACACUUCAACGGGAACAUUAGAAGUAAUUGAUUCUCCUAGGCACAGGGCAAAGUAUUCAUCCUUAAUAAACAUGACUACCGGUGCAGCUGAGACUGCUAGCCAUCAUGCGGUACUUGACGAUAGGAUACCUCUCCUGCCCCGCUAAAGAUUCAAAAGAGAUCCAAUAAUGAGAAAGAGAAGGAGACAGCAAAACAUUCGAAUUACCCCUGCAAGCCGUAUUUGCUCUGCCUGGAGUUGGAAUCUCGUUCCGGUGCUACAUUGAUAUUCUUUUCAAUCAAUCGCCACUUCACUAAAAUUUGGCACGGAUUUUCUGGUUGAUAAAAUGACUGCCUUUUUCCUACAAUAAAUCAAUUUUUUUCAACUAAAUUUUCCUAAAGAUUGUUUGGAAAGUUUUGAGCCUUUUUUUUUUCUUAUUGUUGUAAUGUCUAACUUGAGGAUUGACAGAAAAUCCGGCCAACCGGACAGGAAG